AUGCUUCCCCGGGUGGGUAAAGAGUUUCUGGUCCGGAUUCGGUUCAACUGGCGGCCAUUUUUCCAGGGCCGGGCCCUGCUGGUCACAAACACCCUGAGCGGAGGAGUCAUUUUGGCGCUGGGAGACAUCGUGCAGCAGACCCGGGAGAACUUCAAGAAUCCAGACAGAGUCCGAGACUGGAGGAGGACAGGUUUCAUGUUUUCGGUGGGCUGCUCCAUGGGCCCACUGUUGCAAUACUGGUACAUCUGGUUGGACGGAGUGUUCGUGGGUAAAGCUCUAAAAACAGUGGGAAAGAAGCUUCUGGUGGACCAGGUGGUCGCCUCACCGUUUUUUGGGAUGUGGUAUUUUUUAGGUAUGGGUCUCAUGGAGGGACACACUUUGGCCGAAGGCUGGAAGGAGUUUACAGACAAGUUCUGGGAAUUUUAUAGGGCGGACUGCUGUGUUUGGCCUGCCGCUCAGACAAUCAACUUCUUCUUUCUCUCGCCCAAAUUCCGUGUUGUCUACAUCAACUUCGUCACCCUAGGGUGGGACACCUACCUUUCCUACCUCAAACACAGAGUUGACAGCCCCCCCACUGAGCUGGUAUCAGAGAGCAGUGCUGUAGGUGUACAGUUGGAAACACUCCCACCGCUUACACCUCUGAAGGAAAAGGCUUAGAGACAGAGUUCACGCUCAACUGUGAAGUCCCUCAUUGA